AUGCCCACCAAUACUCGGUUCUCGAAGUUCAAAAACCCUUCGAAAGUGAGGGAGAAAAGGAUCUCCGAGUUCGUGAGUCUGCGCAAAGCUCACCAAGCCGAGGCCUUCAUGAAGCGGAGGACUGUGACGCUUUCUUCUCUCCCAGAUGAAGAGGAACUUUCUGCUGACGAAAAGGUACCUUGCCUGUCUAUUGAUGACAUCAUUAAAUGUGUAACCAGCGACUGUAGGGAGGCACAGACCCGAGGCUGUCGUGCGGCCAGGAAGCUGCUGUCUCAAGUGCAGAGGCCUCCUAUGAAGGAAAUCAUAGAUGCUGGUCUGCUGGCCUACUUUAUGACCUUCCUGGGUAUGGAUGCUGAGCCCACCCUACAGUUUGAAGCAGCCUGGGCCCUCACCAACAUCGCCUCAGGAACCUCAUGGCACACACAGCAGGUGGUGGAACAUGGAGCUGUACCAGUUUUCAUCUCUCUGUUGGCGUCACCAUUGUUGCACAUCAGUGAACAGGCAGUGUGGGCGCUUGGAAACAUUGCAGGUGAUGGCCCGGCUUAUCGAGAUGUCCUCAUCAGCUGUGAUGUCAUUCCAGCCUUACUGGCGCGCAUCUCCCCAGAAACACCACUUGGCUACCUGCGUAACCUAACAUGGACUUUGUCCAACUUGUGCCGGUAUAAAAACCCAUCACCUCCUCUGUCUGCUGUGUACCAGGUGCUUCCUAGUCUGACUCAACUCCUCUAUCACAAUGAUAAGGAAAUCUUGUCUGACGCAUGCUGGGCCAUAUCCUACCUAACAGAUGGCGACAACGAUCGCAUUGACGUAAUCAUGAAAACUGCCAUCGUCCCUCAGCUGGUGCUGCUAAUGAGCCACAAGGAGCUCAUCGUCAUGAUUCCAGCUCUGCGCGCCAUUGGGAACAUAGUGAGCGGUUCAGAUCUGCAGACCCAGAUGGUGAUCGACGCUGGUGUUCUGAAUAUCCUCCCUCAGCUGAUGAGACACCCCAAAGCCAGUGUGCAGAAAGAGGUAGCGUGGGCUCUGUCCAACAUCGCGGCUGGACCCUGUAAACAAAUCCAACAGCUAAUCACCUGCGGCCUGGUUCCUCCUCUGGUAGAAUUGCUCAGAAAGGGGGACUUCAAGACUCAGAGGGAGGCUGUGUGGGCAGUCACAAACUUCACCAUUGGGGGCACUGUGGAGCAGGUAGUCCAACUUGUGCAGAGUGGUGCGCUGGAAGCAACUAUCAACCUCCUGCAUAUCAAAGAUGCAAAACUAAUUAUGGUGAUACUGGAUGCAAUCAACAACAUCUUCGUGGCUGCAGGAAAGGUCGGUGAGACGGCGAAACUUGCCUUGUUGGUUGAAGAACUGGGAGGACUGGAUCACAUUGAGAUGCUGCAAGAUCAUCAAAAUGAGAGCAUCUGCCAGGCUGCACGUCACCUGUUAGAAAAAUACUUCAGUGAAGAUGAAAUUGAGGGAUUGAAGGUGGACCACAGCACUGAUGUUGACAGAACAUUUGAGUUUUAA